AUGGCCACAGUUUUACUCGUGGACGCGCUUCUCGACUUCAGGGACGGCCUCUACGACCCAAGCAACCUCCUAUCGUCAUGGCGAGGUGUGGAAUGCUGCCGGUGGGCUGGCGUCGUUUGCAGCAACCGGACCGGCCACGUUGUCAAGCUGCGAAUCAGCAGCAUAUACAUCUCGGACACGUACAGCCUUGGAGGUGAGAUACGCUCCUCCUUGCUAACUUUACGACAUCUGAAGCAGCUGGAACUCUCAUACAACAACUUCGGAGGCCAACCCAUCCCGGAGUUCAUCAGCCUCAUCGGCGCCCUUAGGAGGCUGACACAUCUCGACCUCUCUUCGUCCAAUUUCGGUGGUCAGAUUCCUCGCCACCUCGGGAACCUCUCGAACCUGGUCAGCCUUGAUCUCAGCAGAAUGCCGCAAAAUGCUUACUCACCUGAUCUCACCUGGGUUUCGUCCCUCACGAAGCUGCAGGUCCUCAUCAUAACUGAGGUGGACCUCAGCGCCGCUGUCCACUGGACUCAUGCUAUUAACAUGCUCCCCAGUUUGAUAAACCUUGAUUUAAGUUCUUGUAGGCUUCACAACACCAUGCCUCCCCCGUCACAUUCCAAUCUCACAUCUCUGGAGACCCUCACCCUUUCUGGAAACUCCUUCAACGCAUCUCUUGGAGCCAAAAAUUUGGUUUGGGAUCUGCCUAGCCUCCAAGCGCUCUUCCUAGAUGACUGUGGAAUUGAUGGUCCAAUCCCUGACGCGGUGGGGAACUUGACCUCCAUUCAACACUUGUUACUUUAUUCGAACAAGUUCACUGGCACCAUGCCAUUGACCUUCAAGAAACUGAAGACACUACAACAACUCUUUUUGCAAGACAACUUCAUCAACAUGGAUGUGGCAGAGCUACUGCACCGGUUGCCAUCAGAUGCACUGCAGGAGCUGGUUAUGGACAACAACAAUUUGAAAGGGAGCUUACCAGCUCGUCUAAGGCACUUUAACAGGUUGAACACGCUCUUCCUCGACUCAAACGAGCUUUCUGGAGAGAUACCAGUUGGUAUACGGGAGCUCAAAAGUUUGAGUAGAUUAUCGCUAAGCUCGAACAACCUGCACGGUACAAUCACAGAGGGCCAUUUCACAAAUCUAACCACCUUAGAAUUCCUACUUAUCUCUGAAAAUUCCUUAACCGUGAAGGUCAACAGUACAUGGAAGCCUCCAUUCAAAUUAGUCUCAGCAGGCCUUAGAUCUUGCAUAGUAGGGCCCCAGUUUCCAGCAUGGCUUAACCAACCAACGAUCACCUAUCUUGAUGUUUCAAACACAAGCAUACAUGAUAACAUACCUGUCUGGAUUGCUAAUUCCAAUACUAGGUAUAUGGAUUUGUCAAGAAAUCGCCUUUUUGGCAUGCUUCCUACAUUUUCCCAACUUACUCAAUUGGAAGUACUGGACGUCAGUUCUAACCAUAUUGUUGGCCCGAUUCCACCACUUACAAAUAGUCUACGCUUACUGGACCUAUCUAGAAACAAUCUAUCAGGCGCAUUGCCAUCAGAUAUAGGAGCAUCAAAGCUAGAAGUACUGCUUCUCUUUGACAAUUCCUUUUCUGGCACUAUUCCCUGCUCCCUGUUUCAGUUGCAAUACUUGCUAUUUCUAGACCUAUCAAAAAACCUGCUAAAUGGGACAUUGACCAAGUGCCCUCAAGGACUCAAAACCUCAAAUACUACCUUAGUUAACUUGAACAACAACCGUCUUUCAGGAGCCUUCCCAUUAUUUCUUCAGAGAUGCAGAAAGCUACAGUUUUUGGAUCUGGCGUACAAUAAAUUUUCUGGGAGAAUACCAACAUGGAUCGCGUCAAAGUUACCACAAUUGGCAUUUUUGCGUUUGCGCUCAAAUAUGUUCUCUGGUGGCAUCCCCAGUCAACUAACUAUGAUGAAGGGGCUUCAGUUUUUAGACAUUUCAUGCAACAACAUAUCAGGGAGCAUACCACGCUCGCUUCAGAAUCUCAUAGCUAUGACACUUACUUCAAAUAAUAGUGGUGGCCUUUUCAAUCUCACUGAUUAUAAAGUUUUAUCUGCGGCCGCGUAUGCUCAGGCUUAUACUGAUAGUUUAUUGGUGAACAUAAAAGGUCAACAACUUGAAUAUACCAAAGGGAUCGCAUAUAUGGUGAACAUUGAUUUUUCUUGCAACAGUUUGACAGGACAAAUUCCUCAAGAAAUUGGAAAGCUCGUUGCAUUAAAGAACAUAAACUUCUCCUGGAAUAGUUUGACUGGCAUAAUACCCCAAUUUAUUGGUGAACUACAUGCAUUGGAGUCUUUUGACCUCUCACAUAAUGAGCUAUCCGGUGCAAUUCCUACAAGUUUAUCAGCUCUAACAUCACUAAGCCACUUGAACUUGUCAUAUAACGACCUGACCGGAACUAUACCCUCUGGGAACCAACUAAGAACUCUAGAGGACCAAGCGUCCAUCUACAUUGGCAACCCAGGUCUAUGUGGCCCACCUCUCACAAGGAAUUGCUCACGAAGAGACAUAAUUACAUAUGCUCCUCAAGAGCAUGCUGAAGGAAUGAGUGAUGUUGUUUCAUUGUACCUCAGCAUGUGCUUAGGAUUUGUACUAGGUCUCUGGGUUGUCUUUUGUGGCUUACUGUUCAAGAGGAAAUGGAGGGUUUGCUGGUUCUCACUUAUGGACCACAUUUAUGAUCGAGCUUACGUGCAAGUUGUUGUGGGUUGGGCUUCAUUGGUAAGAAAAAUCCGUCAAGGAUGA